UGCAGGGAUCCUCUUCUUUUUUAGCCAUUUAUGAUCAUGUGACUUGGUACUUUUUUUUCUUUCUCAAUUGCACAGUGGGGUUCUUCCUCCACUUGCCAUUCAGCUCUAAAGUUAAUAAGGAAUUUAUGAUGCUUCUGAGUGUAUUUUCUUGUUAUUUCAUAUGUGAAGAGUCCAUGUUCUUUGAAGUUGAGUGUUUUCAAUUCUUGUGUACUGAUCAAAUGGAGUUCUCCAAGUACCUUGGAGUUGCGGAAGGGUGUAGCAGCAGUGAAUCAGGAUGGACCAUGUACAUUGUUUCUCCCAUGCAUGAGACGAAUAACAAUCAUCAUCAUCAUGAUGUCGAUGAUGCGAUAGAUGAAAUCCAUGAUGGUUAUCACAAUGGAGAUAGUGAUGAUUCUAUGGUCUCAGAUGCCUCUUCUGGUCCGAGUCGCCAAGGGAUCUUGCGUGGAAGCUCUAAGAGACGAAGUGGAUUGCGUCGUGAUCAGUCGAAACAUGCGAUGAACAAAGACCUAAUCGGCAAGAAUCAAAGGCAAGUGGAGAAGUUAUAUGAAAGAAGGCAAAGAGCUGGGAAAGAAGAAGAAUACAAGAACCCGAAUGACAAUAAGGCAAGGAAGACUAGCUGAUUAACUAGCUUACUGGUUGUAUGAAGUCUGAUUUAUUUCGUAAUUUCAUGUGCUUUUUAAAGAACUCAGGAACCAGAUAUAAGGCUGCAAUCAAUCCAUGCACAUAUAUAUAUUUGUUGUUUCGGUUUGAAAUC